AGCGCCACGUUAUUGAUCACACCGAUCCAAAAAGAAACCGACCCUUCCCCAAGACUACCCCUACCCUCUAUAUAAAUAAGGAUUCUGUCGUAAAACUUUUCUUUUCUCCAUAAGAAAAGUGUCUGAUUUCUGGCAAAUAAAGGAAGGAAAAGCCCCUGCUAGUUGAUCCUUUCUUUUUCCUUCUUUUUGUCGAAAGAAUUCGAUAGCGAAAACGAUGUCGUCUUCGGGGAGGAAGAUCACUCUGAAGAGCUCGGACGGCGAAUCGUUCGAGGUGGAUGAAGCAGUGGCGUUGGAAUCGCAGACGAUAAAGCACAUGAUCGAGGACGAUUGCGCCGAUAACGGCAUACCGUUGCCCAACGUCACGAGUAAGAUCCUGGCGAAGGUGAUCGAGUAUUGCAAAAAGCACGUGGAGGCUCCUAAGACGGAAGAUCGAACCGCCGAGGACGAGCUUAAAAAUUGGGACGCUGACUUUGUCAAGGUCGAUCAAGCCACUCUCUUCGAUCUCAUUCUGGCAGCAAACUACUUGAACAUCAAGGGUUUGUUGGACCUUACUUGCCAAACUGUUGCUGACAUGAUCAAGGGAAAGACCCCUGAGGAGAUCAGAAAGACUUUUAACAUCAAGAAUGAUUUCACCCCUGAGGAGGAGGAAGAGGUUCGUCGGGAGAAUCAGUGGGCAUUUGAAUGAAGAAUUGGCCUAUUUUGAUGCUGUGAAGUGGCAAAAUUAUAUCAAGCUUCUGUAUUAGAUGUAGUUAAUUGCUCUGACUUUUCCAUCUUUCUUUGUUGUCAUCAGUACUUUGGAUUCUGUGAGCUGUUUUAAGUAUUCAAGUGACUUCUAUAUUGCUGCCUGUCCAUACAAUUUCACCAGAACCAGUCUGUUGUAUUUAUUUCUGUUCAUGGCUUUUGAUGUGAAUGGGUCUGCUUGUGUAAACUCUGUUUACCACAUGGAGUGAGGCCCCUGUUUCUCCA